UAUCCAACGAUAUGGGAUCGCUCCCGCUCCCACUCAACCAAUAUUCAUAUCCCAAUGCUCGCAGGGACAACUCAGUUGUUGACGAUUUUCACGGCAUUACCAUUCCUGACCCUUACAGAUGGCUUGAGAAUCCUGAUGCCCAAGAAGUGAAGGACUUCGUGCACAGCCAGCUUCAGCUAACGGAUUCUGUACUGGAGAGCUGCGCUGCACGUCCCAACCUCCGCCACAAACUCACCAACCUCUUCGACCAUCCUCGCUACACUGUACCUUUCAGGCGAUCGCACAACACCUAUUUCUACUUCCACAACUCUGGCCUUCAGCCACACAAUGUUCUCUACAUGCAGAAUGGCUUCCUCGCCGGGGCUCAACCGCACCUUCUGCUUGACCCCAAUGCACUCAGCCCAGAUGGAUCCGUCUCCCUCACUGCUGUAUCCGUAAGCCAACAUGCUGACUUCUUGGCUUAUGGCCUUAGUUCUAGCGGCACCGAUUGGGUCACUAUCAACAUAAUGCGUAUCCAAGACAAGCAUCUCCUCCCACAUACUUUAUCCUGGGUGAAAUUUUCUUCUAUUAGUUGGACGCAUGACACCAAAGGUUUCUUCUAUAGCCGCUAUCCAGCUCCCAAGGAGGGACAACUGGUAGAUGCUGGCACUGAGACAAACACUAACCUUUACCAUGAACUCUAUUAUCAUUUUCUGGGUACUGAUCAGUCACAAGAUAUUUUGUGCUGGAGAGAUCCCCAGAACCCUGAAUAUCGGUUUAGAGCAAGUGUUAGUGAUGAUGGCAGGUAUAUUAUCAUGUAUAUUGAACAAGGUUGCGACCCAGUGAAUAAACUUUACUACUGUGACAUGUCCGAACUUACGAAUGGGCUGCAAGGUUUUGGGAAUAAACAGGAAGAAGAAGAUCCUCAUGCUCAUGCUACUAUGCUCCCAUUUGUAAAGCUUGUUGACACGUUUGAUGCACAGUUUCACUACGUUGCCAAUGAUGACACUGUAUUCACAUUCUUAACAAACAAAAAUGCCCCCAAAUAUAAACUAGUCCGAGUGGAUUUGAAAGAACCUAUUAAUUCUUGGUUCGAUGUUAUCCACGAGUCAGAGAGGGAUGUUCUUGAAUCAGCAUGCGCUGUGAACGGCAACCAAGUAAUCGUAAGCUACUUGAGUGAUGUCAAGUACGUUGUGCAAGUAAGAGACUUGGAAACAGGUUGCUUGCAGCAUCUUUUACCAAUUGACAUUGGCACCGUUAAUGGAAUCUCUGCACGCCGUCAAGACAGUGUCUUUUUCUUUGGCUUCUCCAGCUUCCUGAGUCCUGGUAUCGUAUAUCGGUGCGACCUGGGAACACAAGCUCCUGUUAUCAAGAUAUUCCGCGAGAUUGUAGUUCCUGGUUUUGAUCGCUCUCAGUUUCAUGCCAAUCAGGUGUUUGUUGCUAGUAAAGAUGGUACCAAGAUUCCAAUGUUCAUUGUUGCAAGAAAGGACAUUAGUUUGGAUGGUUCACACCCCUGUUUGCUAUACGGGUAUGGUGGUUUUAACGUGAGUGUCACACCGUGUUUCAGUGUGAGCCGCAUUGUGCUUGCAAGACACUUGGGUUGUGUUUUGUGCAUAGCGAACAUUCGAGGUGGUGGGGAGUAUGGGGAGGAAUGGCACAAAGCAGGAUCCCUUGCAAAGAAGCAGAAUUGUUUCGAUGACUUCAUCUCUGCAGCCGAAUACCUUGUAUCCGUAGGGUAUACCCAGCCCGCAAAGUUGUGUAUUGAAGGCGGAAGCAACGGCGGACUUCUUGUUGCUGCUUGCAUAAAUCAGAGACCUGAUCUUUUUGGUUGUGCACUGGCUCAUGUUGGUGUUAUGGACAUGCUACGAUUCCACAAGUUUACCAUAGGUCAUGCUUGGACUUCAGAGUUUGGUUGUUCAGAAAAGGAGGAGGAGUUUCAUUGGCUAAUCAAAUACUCACCGUUGCACAAUGUACGAAGACCCUGGGAAGAGUUUGGUGGUGGGUCAAUCCAGUACCCAUCAACGAUGUUAUUGACGGCUGAUCAUGAUGAUCGCGUUGUGCCACUCCACUCAUUGAAGUUAUUGGCGACGAUGCAGUAUGUUCUGAGUACUAGUAUGAAGCAAAGUCCUCAAACAAACCCUAUAAUUGCUCGCAUCGAAUGCAAGGCCGGACAUGGAGCUGGGCGUUCCAUGCAGAAAAUAAUUGAGGAGGCUGCUGACAGGUACGGAUUUAUGGCUAAAGUGUUAGAAGCCCACUGGAUUGAAUAGGACAGCAGCGAGCGAGCCUACUUAGGCUAUUUCAUCAUCAUGUAUAUCCCAAUACUCGGGGUUUCACAUCUUGUUGUAUCUUAAAUAUAUGUAUGCAGUGUUCUGCUUUCUAAAUAACAUGUAUGUCAAUAAUUUUAAGAGAUACAUCUUGUAAUCUGAAUCAUUUAAAAAGAAAUCUUUGUUAUUAUUA